AAUAGAAGGCGCGAGAGUAUUUAUAAAAAUAAAACUGAUUGACUAUAGUACGAGUGAUUCAAUUGACGAGAAGUAAAAAGGGAAACUAUUUAACAAAGGUCGUGACUUGUUCAAAGAAAGAAAAUAUAUGCUCGUGCGAUUUUGAGCGGCGUCGUGUUCUGACUUGUUCGAGCGACGUCGUAUCUGUUGCUUGCUGGUCGUGGUUUACUCUUGGCGCAUCAGUGGUGCACUUCUUGUGGACGCGAAUCACCUCCGGCGUCUCCUUUAACUUUUUGGUGACAGCGUACGCGGCAGAACUUAUGAAAGGAUGGGAGUCAUUUGAUGCCCUACAAGUACAGGCGAAUUCGUGAAUCUAUUGCACGUGGGUUGCUCAUCUCCUCUCUUUCCUGUGUUACCUUUUUAAGUCGCGUGUAUUUUCAUCUUCGUUCUAUUCAAGUCGCCUCCUGUACAGUACAAAUAGCGCGUUGAUUUCACGUGGUUUAGCACAGUUGGCGUAGUGUUUAUAUUUUUCUCAAGGGUUGGCCAGUGU